AUGAAUGGACAGCCGCCACAGCAACGUCAACCACAAAAUGAAUUGGUAGCCUUUUAUAAAGAAAUACCAAUAUGUACAAGAUUUUUAUUUACAAGUUAUCUUGUGAUAACAGUAUUGGGUAAUAUAGGUCCAAUUAGCCCAUAUUAUUUCUUUUUUCUUCCUGAAUACACCUUUGGUCAUUUCCAGAUAUGGAGACUUUUCACGUCAUUUUUCUUUUACUCUUUUAAUUUCAAUGGAGCAAUUCAAUUAUACUUUUUAUAUCGAUACUCUAAAGAGAUAAUAGGAGGAAUGAUUAAGGGAUUGGUAUUAUUCAAUCAAAGUUUGGUAAUGGCAAUUAUAUAUAUAUGGGCUCAAUUAUUCAAGGACGCUAUAGUAACUUUUAUGUUUGGUCUAAGAUUCAAGGGAGUAUAUUUACCGUUUGUGUUAUUGGCAUUUGAAGCAUUACAAAUGGGUGGGGGCUUGCCGUGGGCAUCAAUAAUAGGAAUCAUCACAGGUCAUAUAUAUUAUUAUCUAAAAGAAAUAUAUCCUGCGAGUGGUGGUACAAGAUUUCUAAACACCCCACAAUGGUUAUAUAAUUGGUUUCCUGUCAAUCGUGCUGGAUUACGAACCUCAUUUGGUGUUGUCCUAAAUCCCGGCGGGAGAGCUCAACAACAAAGUUCAACUGACGGAACAAGACAUAGUUGGGGUAGAGGUCAGAGAUUAGGAUCAUAA